AUGGGGCUGAUGGAUGAUUUCCGCUUGCGACGGUCCAUUCUUGGCACCAAUCAUGAAGAUACUGCCGCCAACGAGAAAUCCCAUGCCCCAUCUUCUGCCCAGGGAGAUAGACAAUAUAGCUUCUUCAGCACUCGGCUGAAUUGCGUUGCCCACGCCGACAGUCUCCAUUCAUUGCAGUCGUUAUGUGGCCCCUUUAAUCAUCUCAUGGAAACGGGCGUGCACAUCGGGCUUUGGUGGCUUCAUGUGACAUCACCGUCUAAUGAGGAUAUUGAGGCCCUCUCGCGGUUAUUGGACAUUCACCCCCUCACGACUGAGGAUAUCAAAAUGCGCGAAGUCCGGGAGAAGAUUGAGCUCUUUGGUCCUUAUUACUUCGUCUCCUUGCGGCUUCCUCUCGAGCCGGAUGCCGUUGCGGGAGACCUGGACGACUCGGAUAAUUUCUACGGCGUCGUGUUUCAAGAUAGCAUUUUGAGCUUUACUUUCGAUGAUACCCCCCCACCCUGCACAUGUGUGGAACCGCAUCAAGGAACAUCAGAUGAUGAUAUUGUCGAUGGAUUCGCACCCCUCAUAGACCGAGUCACGACAAGCGUGGAAGUAACUGAAGAUACACUGGACAUAACCCAGCCCGACGACAUCGGCCUGGCCCUGCAGAAUAUCCACAAAUACCGCAAAGAAGUCACUCACAUCCGCCACCUGCUCAACGAUAAAACAGAUGUCGUGAGGUGCUUCGCCCGUCACUGCAGUAGCCUGAGCGCGUCGCCUUCCGAUGUCGCCUCAUACUUGAGCGAUAUCCAGGACCACGUCUUGACCAUGAUGUCCCACCUGACCAACGCAGAGCAGAUGCUGUCGCGGUCCCAAACGAAGUUUAUGAGCAGAAUCGCGUUUGAUUCGACUCGUAUGCGGAAUCAGAUUGCAGAAACUCUCAGCCGUCUCACUGCGAUUGGAUCGAUCGUUGUGCUCAUGCAGGUUACUACUACUUCUUUUGGUAUGAAUGUACAGGUGCCUGGUGAGGAGGUGAAUAAUGUGGCGUGGUGGUGUGGAAUCUUGGGAUUCGAACUCCUUGUCGCGGUAUUGCUUUUGUUCAUUCUGAGGAAGGCGAGGAUUAUAUAG